UAUUAGGAGGUGCAUGGUAGUGAUGGCGGCGCUCAGUGAGACUUUCCCGUCACUGGAUACUACUACUCCCAGCCCUCCUCAAAGCCGGCUGAGCAAACCCCUGGUCCUUAGUUUACAAGUGGCAAUUUGACUUGCUCUGCUGCAUGUCAGCAGGGACCGUGGAAAGUGUGGAGACGCCCGGGGGAUUAAGCGACCUCAGCUUAAAAAGAAAAAAAGCCAAACAAAUAAACAAAACCCACCCACCCUAACAAACAUGAGGCUGCUGGAGAGAAUGAGGAAAGAAUGGUUCAUGGUUGGAAUAGUGCUGGCGAUCGCCGGAGCUAAGCUGAAGCCGUCCAUAGGGGUGAAUGGGGGACCACUGAAGCCGGAAAUAACUGUCUCCUACAUUGCUGUCUCAACAAUAUUCUUUAACAGUGGACUAUCAUUAAAAACAGAGGAGCUGACCAGUGCUUUGGUGCAUAUAAAACUGCAUCUUUUUAUUCAGAUCUUUACACUUGCAUUCUUCCCAGCAGCAAUAUGGCUUUUUCUUCAGCUUUUAUCAGUCACACCCAUCAAUGAAUGGCUUUUAAAAGGUUUGCAGACGGUAGGUUGCAUGCCUCCCCCUGUGUCUUCUGCAGUGAUUUUAACCAAGGCAGUUGGUGGAAAUGAGGCAGCUGCAAUAUUUAAUUCAGCCUUUGGAAGUUUUUUGGGCAUCAUUAUAACACCCCUGCUACUGCUGGUUUUUCUUGGCUCAUCCUCUUCUGUGCCUUUUACAUCUAUUUUUUCUCAGCUUUUUAUGACUGUUGUGGUUCCUCUCAUUAUUGGGCAGAUUGUCCGAAGAUACAUCAAGGAUUGGCUUGAAAGGAAGAAACCGCCUUUUGGUGCUAUCAGCAGCAGUGUGCUCCUCAUGAUCAUCUACACGACGUUCUGUGACACGUUCUCUAACCCAAAUAUUGACCUGGAUAAAUUCAGCCUUGUUCUCAUACUGUUCAUAAUAUUUUCUAUUCAGCUGAGUUUUAUGCUUUUAACCUUCAUCUUUUCAACAAGGAGUAAUUCGGGUUUCACACCAGCAGACACUGUGGCUAUCAUUUUCUGUUCUACACACAAGUCCCUCACAUUAGGAAUUCCAAUGCUGAAGAUAGUGUUUGCAGGCCACGAGCACCUCUCUUUAAUAUCCGUACCCCUGCUCAUCUACCACCCGGUUCAGAUCCUUCUGGGAAGUGUGCUGGUGCCAACCAUAAAGUCUUGGAUGGUGUCAAGGCAGAAGGGAGUGAAGUUGACGAGGCCAACAGUAUAACGAAGGAGGCGCUCCUUACACUGCGAUGUAUAUAUGUACAGGAUUGUACAUACAAACAGUUCUGAAGACUUGUACUUGUGAAUGUUGCUUCGAUGCAUAUUUUAUUUUUUUACACAAAAAUAUGAUAUAACUGUUUAAGUGCCUUAAAAUGUAUUUGACAAGAGCGUUAUUUCCAAAACCUAGUUUGUUGGUUACUGCCAGGGGUGGUACAGUAUUUUGGAGUUGUUUAAUGGUUUUUUUCCUAACGCAAGAAACAGUCAUCUAAGUGACAAAAAGCAAACAUGUUUUCCUCUUUCCACCUUUUGUGCAAUACAACUGUAUACUAGUCACUGUACUGCUUGAAAUGAGGUCGCACCAUCAGGAAAAUGCCCUUCUGAUGACAGUGAAAAUUUCCAAAGUCGUCUUCACGAAUACUUUGAUUUCUUUGUGAUUCUUUUUUUCUACAACUGUGACAUGCCUCUUCUUUAUCAGCUCAGCAGGGGUCAUAGAUUGAAUAGAUGCUGAAAAUCGUAACUUAUCUGCUUUUCUUGACAUCAUUUUUUUAGACAUUCCUUCAAAUAGUUUCCACACAGAAAUUCCUCAGUCCCAUUAUAAGAGAUUGUGGUGUUAUAUGUCUUAAAUUUAUUAUAAGCUGCUUCAAAGAAAGGGCCUGAUGUUUGAGUUAUGAGUCAAGUAAGUGAAGUUUUGAGAUAAACUACAGGAUUUGGUUUUCAGAAUUUUUUAAAUUAUAUUUCAAUAUGCUUUUCCUUUUUCUUCCAUAAUUUUUUUCUUUCGUGUUUUCCAACGCACUUGCAAACUCAUAACAGCCAAAUAUGAGACGCAAAAAUGUUACAGUUGGAGAGUGGCAACAAUUCACAUUCAUAACUGAGACCAAAACUUUUUUUCCUGUUCCACAGAUGUACUUAGCACAAAUUGCCCCUUUUAGCCAGAAGCAGCCUGGUACAUCCUUGAAUUAGGCACACUUAAGGCAUUUGACACAAGUUAUUAGUGAGAAUUUUCUUGGCAGAUUUGACAAAUGUUUGCAAUAUUUUUUAAAAAAAUUAAAUCAUAUUGCUCUUAUGAAUACAUGAAAAUAUAAAAGUCAUAGAUGCAAACAGUUGUUACAUAUCCACAUUCUGUUUAGCCAGAUGGAAAGAGAAAAGGACACAGAAAAUCAAAACCAUUCAUUAACCAAAAUAUUAAGUAAAAUUAGUUCCCAGUUGAGCAUCAGCUUUCAAAGGAGUAUCCAAUACUUGCUUCUACUACGGCUGGAAGAGCUUUCACCGGACCCAAAGAGAGAAUAAAGCGAUAUAUAGAAUUAAGGGAACGCUUUUUUUCUGUUUCCUGCACACUAUUCUGUCACAUCGUCUCUACGUGUCCUUUCUUGAUUUGACAGAUGAUAUUGGCAUCCUGGGUCACGCUGAGGCCGCACUCUCUCCGCAGCAGCUGUCUUGUUGUUUUGUCAACAAGAAAAAAUCAUUCCUUCAAAACUUACCAAGUUUAUCAAUAGUGUAAAUUUAUACUAUUGUUACUGCCAGGUACUUCUGACUCAUUCCAAUAUCAUUGAAGCUCAUAAAUUUCACAAGAGUCAUCCUCAGUGUAAAUUUUAAGACUACUGCCAGACCCCGCAAAAAUCAAUGCUAAACAGGCUGUUUGUCAAGAAUUUCUGUUGUCAAGAAUUUCACUUGUGUCUAAAACUACAGUAAUUUUGCGCGAUACUUUGAUGCUUACAUAUGGAGCACAGAAAGCCUUUCAUGUUUUGUUCCUACAAGCUUCUUUGAAUUUCAGAGUAAAUGGAAUUGUCUGUCUGUCUGAGCUAUCAUAAAAAUCUUUCUCCUUAGCGUUUGAAUACUGAUUUUUUUCCCCCAACUUAUCUACCUCUAUUGUCUAACACCUAUAGUAGGUGUGAUUAUGGGAUAAAAUUCAACUGAAAAUGCUAUCACAUUUUAUCUUUUGCUUUGAAAAAUGUGUUUUGUUUUCAAAUAGUCUUCUUUACCUAGUGACUUUUGGUGGCUUUAGUGAUAUGUUUAUGCCUAUUUCUUUUUUUACACAAAUGCUGUGGCAUAUUUUUCCAUAAGGAACAAAAAAUAAAAUCAAAAUUCAUUUUUAAUCAUGUUCAUUGGGAUUUAAUAAUUCAUAUCUUAAAAUAUUUUAUUAUGUUUAUGCACUGGCAAGCUCUCUGUUUUAUGCAUUUAUUUUUUCUAAAUGUAUUUAUGAGAGAAAUACAUUAGAUUAUAUUUAUGUUUACUAAUUUUUUCACCUGCAUUUUUUUAAGGGUUGUUAUGAAAUUUGAUUUUUUAAUGGGUGAUAAUGUUAAUCUUUUCGUGUGUUCUUUUCUAAGUUUUAAAAAUUUGUGGUUUUUUUAAUUCUUCCCUAUUCUGUUUAAAACUAACACACCUCUGGCUAAUGUUCAGUAUUUGUUUAUGCUAAAUACCAAAUUUUUCAAAAGGAUUGCUGAAGUAAGGACGUGGGUUAUUUAUGGUUAACGGAAGAUGAAAAUGAUUCUGUGAUUAAACAAAGAGAUGUUUCA